AUGGCCGCUGACAGUGCCACUGGGGAGGGCUCAACGCCCAGAGCUGCCGCCUCGCGCAAGUCAGCAAUUCCAUCCACCGCCGUGGCCAUGCCAGCGGUGACGCAUCCACACUUCGACAAAGCUGACCGCCUUGACUCAGUCAAACGCUAUCCCCAAUGGAAGCGACAAGUACGCGCCAUGUUGUGACAGAUGGACGCCUUACAGCUCAUCGAGCCAAUUGAUGACAGGCUGCCUGAAAACCAUCGCGAACUGAACCGGGCAGCUUGCGGCCUCCUCUCCCGGGCCAUGGACCCAAAAUACCUGGACAUUCUUGACGGCCACGAGUCUGAUGUCCACGAAAUGUGGAAGGCCAUCUCUGCCUACUUCACACCACCGACCAGUGACGGCAAAGUCCGCACCGCUCAACACUGGUUUCGCUUCACUCAGACUGACAGCGACAUCAACGUCCACAUCCGGGACUACAAAAACCUCGUCGCAUCCAUGCGAGAUCUUACCAUUACACAGGACAAUUGGUGGCUGGUCAUCCGCUUCCUUGACUCUCUCAACACGGACUACGACCGCAUCCGAGAGAAGCUGCUUGAGAAGCAACCCAUUCCUACCCUUGAGGAAGUGUUCACCCGCAUACAUGAUGAGUGGCUCUCCGCUCGAGACCGCCACACCGCACUUGCAGCCUCUGCGCCCUCCAGGCAUCCAUCACGCACCCCAAGCCCCGCGCUACGCGAUGGACCGCCACCGGCACCCUGUCGCAAAUGCGGUGGCAAUCACUGGAAUGCACAAUGCGCUGCCACUCAGGCCACACUUGACGCCUUCAAGAACAAGUCCAAGAAGAAGCCGUCUGCGCAUCUCGCAUCCGCCCCCCAUCAACCCAUGGGACUAGCAGGGCAGCCGGCCCCAGUCGAGGAUCUGGGAGAGACAAGCGUAGGAGAUAGCUCCCAAGGCACAGACGUCCUGCUUGGGUGGGCCGCCACCCACUUACCAGCCACACACAUCGGACUCUCUGCCAUGGGCAAUACCACCGACUGGUACCUUGACUCUGGAGCCACGCAACACAUGACUGGGGGCCAUCACCACUUGACCUCGGCUAAGCCAUUUGCAUCCACCAUUCAAGGCAUUAACUCGACUGCCCCCGUCACCCAUUGA